AUGGAAAAUUUGAGGAAAGAAACGCAACGCGCGGCCGUCACUUCCGGCGGGCCAAGAUGGCGGCGGCGGGCCCGGCGCUGGGCCCCGAGGCUCCGGGCGGCUCCGGGGCGGCCCCGGGCGGGCCCCGCGCGGGCCCCGAGGGCCCCGGGCCGGGCGGCGGGGGCCGGGGCCGCGCCCGGAGCCGCCCGCGGAGCGCCCGGGGCCGCGGCCGGCGCGCGGGACCCCGAGGUGGCGGUGGAGAUCGGCGAGACGUACCUGUGCCGCAGGGCCGACGGCAGCUGGCACUCGGCCGAGGUGAUCCAGUCCCGCCUGAACGAGCAGGAGGCGCGCGAGGAGUUCUACGUGCACUACGUGGGCUUUAACCGGCGGCUGGACGAGUGGGUGGACCGGAACCGGCUGGCGCUGUCCAAGAGCCUGAAGGAGGCGGCGCAGAAGAGCUCGGAGCCGUUCCUGGGCGAGCUGGCCGAGCCCGAGAGGAAAAUCACCCGCAACCAGAAACGCAAGCACGACGAGAUCAACCACGUGCAGAAGACCUAUGCCGAGAUGGACCCGACCACGGCGGCGCUGGAGAAGGAGCACGAGGCCAUCACCAAGGUGAAGUACGUGGACAAGAUCCACAUCGGGCACUACGAGAUCGACGCGUGGUACUUCUCGCCCUUCCCCGAGGACUACGGCAAGCAGCCCAAGCUCUGGAUCUGCGAGUUCUGCCUCAAGUACAUGAAGUACGAGAGGAGCUACCGCCUGCACCUGGGGCAGUGCCAGUGGCGGCAGCCGCCGGGCCGCGAGAUUUACCGCAAGGGGAACAUCUCUGUCUACGAGGUGGACGGCAAGGACCACAAGAUCUAUUGCCAGAACCUGUGCCUGCUGGCCAAGCUGUUCCUGGACCACAAGACGCUCUACUUCGACGUGGAGCCCUUCGUGUUCUACCUGCUCACCGAGGUCGACCGCCAGGGCGCGCACAUCGUCGGCUACUUCUCCAAGGAAAAGGAGUCCCCGGACGGGAACAACGUGGCGUGCAUCCUGACCCUGCCCCCGUACCAGCGCCGCGGCUACGGCAAAUUCCUCAUCGCCUUCAGCUAUGAGCUGUCCAAGCUGGAGAGCACCGUGGGCUCCCCGGAGAAGCCGCUCUCGGACCUGGGCAAGCUCAGCUACCGCAGCUACUGGUCCUGGGUGCUGCUGGAGAUCCUCAGGGACUUCCGGGGAACCCUCUCCAUCAAGGACCUCAGCCAGAUGACCAGCAUCACGCAGACGGACAUCAUCAGCACGCUGCAGUCGCUGAACAUGGUCAAGUACUGGAAGGGGCAGCACGUCAUCUGCGUCACGCCCAAGCUGGUGGAGGAGCACCUCAAGAGCGCCCAGUACAAGAAGCCGCCCAUCACCGUGGACUCCAUCUGCCUGCGCUGGGCGCCCCCGAAGCACAAACAGGCCAAGGUGGCCAAGAAGUGAAAUUCCAGUUUUGCCCAAUUUUGGGGGAAUUUCCCCCAAUUUUUGGGGAUUUUUUCCUCCACUUUUGGGUUUUUUCCCCAAAUUUUGGGGGUUUUCCCUCAAUUUUUGGGGUUUUUCCUCAAAUUUUGGGGGAAUUUCCCCCAAAGUUUUGGGAUUUUUUCCUCCAGUUUUGGGAUUUUUUUUCCUCCAGUUUUGGGUUUUUUCCCCAAAUUUUUGGGGUUUUCCUCAAAUUUUGGGGGAAUUUCCCCCAAUUUUGGGACAUUUUUUCCUCCAAUUUUGGGAUAUUUUUUUCCCCAGUUUUGGGUUUUCCCCAAAUUUUUGGGUUUUUCCCUCAAUUUUUGGGGAUUUUUCUCAAAUUUUGGGGAUUUUCCCUCCCAAUUUUGGGGUUUUUCCCCAAAUUUUGGGGAAUUUCCCUCCAGUUUUGGGGAUUUUCCCUCCAGUUCUGGGUUUUCCCAAAAUUUUUGGGUUUUUCCCUCAAUUUUUGGGGUUUUUCCUCAAAUUUUGGGGUUUACCCCUUAAAUUUUGGGGGUUUUCUCCGAAUUUUUGGGGUUUUCCCUCAAUUUUUGGCGAUUUCCCCCAAUUUUUUGGGUUUUUCCCUCCAAUUUUGGGGAUUUUUUUCCUCCAGUUUUGUUUUUUCCCCCGAAUUUUGGGGUUUUCCCCUCAGUUUUGGGGUUCCCCGCCCUCCCCCCCCGUUUUGGGGUCUCCCCAUAUUUUGGGGUCCCCGUUUCCCUCCCCCUCCCGGAUUUUGGGGUCCCCCCACCCCAAAUAAAGCAGGAAAAGGACGGGCA